CGCGCUGCUGGCUGCCACGUUUAGUAGCGCAGGAGUUCUAGCCUCAGCAACAAACAGACAGACAAACAAACAAACAGGGAUAAAGCUUAGAAGCAGUUUGAAAGUCUUAGAAAGAAAAAAAGAAAAGAAAUAAGGUGCUCGUGAUGAAGUCGGUGAUCCUGUGCACGCUCGCGCUCGUGGUCGCGGCCGCGGCUCACAUCACCGAGGAGGAGGACGUGCUCGUGCUCACCAAGAGUAACUUCGACGAGGCGCUGGAAGCUCACCCCAACCUCCUGGUGGAGUUCUAUGCACCAUGGUGCGGUCACUGCAAGGCUCUCGCUCCCGAAUACGCCAAAGCAGCAGGAAUUCUCAAAGGCGAGGGUUCGGGCAUCCGCCUGGCCAAAGUGGACGCCACGGAGGAGACGGAGCUGGCGCAGGAGUUCGGGGUUCGCGGUUACCCCACCAUCAAGUUCUUCAAGGGUGGAGAGAAGGCCACGCCCAAAGAGUACACAGCUGGUCGUCAGGCUGAUGACAUCGUGAACUGGUUGAAGAAGAAGACGGGACCGGCCGCCACCGCGCUCAGCGAGGUCACACAAGCCGAGUCGCUCAUCGCCGACAACGAGGUCGCCGUCAUCGGCUUCUUCAAGGACGUGGAGUCUGAUGGUGCCAAGGCUUUCAUCAAAGCAGCCGAGGCCAUCGAUGACAUUCCCUUCGGGAUCACCUCCGACGAUGCCGUGUUCUCCAAGUUCGAGGUCACGAAGGACGGCGUUGUGCUCUUUAAGAAGUUUGACGAAGGCCGUAACACAUUCGAUGGCGAGCUCACCAAAGAGAACCUCCUGAGCUUCAUCAAGGCCAAUCAGCUCCCACUGGUCAUCGAGUUCACCGAGCAGACGGCCCCCAAAAUCUUCGGAGGAGACAUCAAGUCCCACAUUCUGCUGUUCGUUCCCAAAGCAAGCGAAGACUUCCAGGAGAAGCUGGACCACUUUAAGAAAGCAGCAGAGGGCUUCAAGGGCAAGAUCCUCUUCAUCUACAUCGACAGCGAGGUGGAGGAUAACCAGCGCAUCCUGGAGUUCUUCGGUCUGAAGAAGGAAGAGUGCCCCGCCCUGCGCCUCAUCACCCUGGAGGACGAGAUGACCAAAUACAAACCCGAGUCUUCAGAGAUCACAGCCGAGAACAUCGUCACCUUCUGCACAGCGUUCACAGAGGGCAAGCUCAAGCCUCACCUUAUGAGCCAGGACAUUCCUGACGACUGGGACAAGAACCCAGUCAAGGUCCUGGUGGGCAGGAACUUUGAGGAAGUCGUCUUCGACACCACCAAGAACGUCUUUGUCGAAUUCUAUGCUCCCUGGUGCGGUCACUGCAAACAGCUGGCUCCGAUCUGGGAUCAGCUGGGAGAGAAAUACAAGGACCACGCAGACAUCGUGGUGGCUAAGAUGGACUCCACAGCCAAUGAGAUCGAGGCUGUUAAAGUCCACAGUUUCCCCACGCUCAAGUUCUUCCCAGCAGGAGAUGAUCGCAAGAUCAUUGACUACAGUGGCGAGAGAACGUUGGAGGGCUUUACAAAGUUCCUGGAGAGCGGAGGAAAGGAAGGAGGAGCACCAGCAGGAGAUGAUGACGAUGAUGAAGAGGUUGAUGAUUUGGACCUUGAGGAACCAGAUGACGUCGACUCAGACGCAGAGGGACACGACGAAUUAUAAGGACGGGAGGGAGAGAGAGAGAGCGAAAGAGAGGAGAGCCGAACCCCUUCACCAACCACCACUUCCACUACUCCAAGCCCUCCCUGUCCCAUGAACCCUCAAACUUCUCCCAAACAACCAUAUAGACUUUUUCCACCAUGACCGAUGACCUUGAAGAAGAAAUAACACCGUUACGGGGAAAGAAAAAAAAAAAGUUUCUCUGAUCGGAGACCCAACUGUUGAACCUUGUGUUGGCAUUAAACCUCGUUUCUCCUGUCUGUUAAUUAGCAUCUUGAAGGUUCCGCCGUCUCCGGUGAUCCACAAGGGUCGGUAUUAGGACCUUUUUUAAUUUGGGAGUUUUGAGUUUGGUGGCUGGGACGGACAGAUCUAUCUCAGGGCAUCGGGGUGAUAAAACUAAAAAUAAAAAAAUAAAAAAAAGUACAUUCUCACUUCAUUCAAAUUCAGAUGUAGCCGAGACCAAGCUUCCCUUUUUCCCUUUUUUUUUUCUUGUGUGCAUUCUAUUUUCCCCCUCCUCCAUAACCAUUAAAUACGUAGCUACUGAUUUUUUUUUUUUUAACAAUAUAAAAGUUAUCUAUUUGUUGUAUUUAAUUCUAUUUUGCCAGUUUUUAUUUGUGUAAUUGUUAGCGCUCGAGGGUCCGGUGACCCUGUCAGUCUGCGAGGGGGAAAAAUUCUGUACCACUACAUUGUUCUUCACGCCAGCAGAGAUUUCACCUCAGUUACUGAAACACAUUUUCAGAAAUAUUCCAUCUUUCGCUCUGUGUCUCCUCUCCAUCACGUAGGUACCAGAAGGGGUGGUGUAUAACCGGAUAACAGCGAAGGGUGGGGGAGCGUGUCCGUAAACCCAGCCCGGUGGGUCGUUUCCUUUCUUUCACGCGUCCAGGGUCAGGGUUGUAAUUGUGCCGUUUUAUCCCCUAACUGUUUGUUGCUGUUGUUCAGAGAGUUGAUGUUAAAUGGGGAAGGGUUUGGGUUUAUACAGGGAGGGACUUGUGUAAUGGUAUUUCUUUUUUUUUAUUAUUAUUCUAAGGUGUAAAGAUAUAAAGAGCGAAAGAGGAAUGAAGGAGUUGAGAGAAACUAAGCAUUCCAUCACACUUAAAAAGGAAAAAAAUGUGGAAAAAUAAACUGGUGGCCAAAUAAACAACAAAAUGGUGACAAA